GAGCAGAGGAAAUCGAAAAAUAUUGAAACCCCAUUUUUGGUGAGUGAAAAAACAAUAGAAGCAUCAAUACGGCCAAACAAAAUCUGCAUACCGAAACGGAUUCGUAAACACUGGCGACCUUCGGCUUUGCCCAGUGUUUUUAUUAUCCGACGAAACCUGUGUUACGACCCAUCAGUGUAGCAAUCGAAAAGAAAGGUCGGAAAAUUGGGGUUUGUGCCAACAGCCGGAACCGGAACACGCUUACACCCUGGGCAGUCACCAUUGAUAGGCGUUUGCAAUGAUUAAACUAUUCUCGCUAAAGCAACAAAAAAAAGAUGGUGAAGCAACGCCAAAGUCCGGAGGACAGAAGAAAACUUUCACCGCCGCCCAGCUGCGAAUUACGAAGGAUAUCAACGAGCUGAACUUGCCGAAAACCUGCGCCACUGAAUUUCCGGAUCCGGACGAUCUGCUCAACUUCAAGCUCAUUAUCUGUCCGGACGAGGGUUUCUAUAAAGGCGGUCGCUUCGUGUUCAAUUUCAAGGUUGGGCCAAACUAUCCCCACGAACCACCGAAGGUUAAAUGUGAAACGCAGGUGUACCAUCCGAACAUAGAUCUUGAGGGUAACGUGUGUUUGAACAUUCUGCGUGAGGACUGGAAGCCGGUAUUAACGAUUAACUCGAUCGUAUACGGAUUGCAGUACUUGUUCCUGGAACCGAAUCCGGAGGACCCACUAAAUCGGGAAGCAGCUGAGGUCCUGCAAACGAACCGGCGUCUAUUUGAGCACAACGUUUACAAAGCCAUGCGUGGUAGCUACAUUGGCGAAACUUAUUUCGAGCGCUGCCUCAAGUGAUAUAUAAAUUCAAAAUUAACUCUUAAAUGUUGCGUUUAUUUAAUUAUCCUUACGAUCGGUGGGCGAUACUACAUAGAUUUUAAUUAUAACUGAAUUACACACCCUUACCCGGGCCCUUUCAGAGACCGAGAGUUGAGCGAAUAAUGAUUGCCCCUUUUGCGCCUGGCUGCGACUGGUGGUGAUAAGUGGCUUUAGACAAACUAGGUUGAAACCGGCCAGCGGUCGGAAUGGAACUUUCAAUACAAAAGGCAUACACUCAAAAUCCACAGGCGCGAAACACAACACAAAGCAGAAAAAACGUCGUGCUAGAUAGUGAAAAACAUGAAGCAGCUCAAACGAAGUGUCCAUGGAGGAUCAAACGAUUUAAACAGAGACAAAUGCAAAGAAGGAGAGCAGAAAACCACUGACUCAGCGCUAGAAUCUUGUGGUUAUUGUACAGUACUGGUCGAGAAGCUAUAUUUAUGAUGGUUCGCAAGGCGGAACACUGGGUGGCACACACCCGGCUGGGGCUUUACACAUCUACGUCCAGUUUAUUUAUAAAGGCACAAUUUCUUGAACUUUCAAUACCGAGCUAAGCGGCUUACGAAGCGGCUAGAGAUGGCAAAAGGUAAGGCGUAAAAUGCCUCAGAAAAAGCUUGAAGAUUGGUGGCUCGACGUUUGAUGAGAAGAAUGUAAUCGAACCCAAUUAAGCCAACAAUAACUGUAGCGAACAAACCCAAAUACACACAUGUUUAGAAAGAAAAAACUUAAAUACUACUCCUUAUGUGUGGUGUACGUGUGUACCUAUACGUUUGUAGUAAAAACCCGUUGUGCACCCAACACUUAACUCCAAACUCUCUCUGCUCCCCGUUUGAUCAACGUUCGGCUGCUUCACCUAAUGAUUGUAGAAAAAAGCCUCCAAGCGCCAUACAAUAGAUACAAUGAUGGGGUGGCAAUCGCCCUGCAUCCUCCAGGACAAGGAAGAAUACAAACGAAGAACAUGAUGAUCAGAUCAGAUUCAUAGACUAACAAUAAACGAUUAUAA